AAGAGUAUUGCAAAAAACCAUUAUUAAAUGUUGUUUCUUUCAUUUCGAGUUGGUCACUUGCAAAAACACCAUGUACUUAAUACACACGAAUGUGUUUGUAUUAAAUCAUUGUUUUUAAAAUGUAUAUUACGCAUAGUUCUGAUAAGACCGUUAAAGUCAAGGAUAUGUUUCCGAUGGCCUCGGAGCAGCUUUUAACUUCAAGUUCAAGCCUAGAGGAUACCGAAAUCGUCAGCGUCGCUGUCCCAGAUAGCUCAACUCAUCUCAGUGUCACUACAGUAUUGAAUUACUGUAAAAGUAAAAUUCUCAGACCUUAUCUGAGAUUUUUAGGGUUUAUGGGACUUCGACCACUUUUUGGAGAACAGCAAGAUGCCUUCACAGGUUGUUGGAAAUUCGUUAAUGUUUUAUACACUUCUUUUAUCCUCGUUAUCUUAGUGAUGGGCUACAUUUUGCAGUAUAUGUCAUGCUUUAGACGAGAAAGAGGGUUUUAUUACGUGUUUAGGACUUCCAAUAGAACACUAUACGCUGAAUAUACUUACAACUACAAAGAAACCUGUGAUGGAUCCAUUGCUUUUAGUUUUAUACUGCCCAGUUUACUACAUUUCGUAGCAUAUCUACACAUCAUGUUUGUAUUCCGUAAUACUGAUGAUGAACAACUUCCUGUUUUAAUGGAAAGGGUUUUUUUGGCUUCUACAACUAUCUCAAACGGCUUUAUCAGCCAAAGGAAGCUGCUAAAAACCUUAUGGUUAUUUAUAACAAGCAGCAUUAUAUGGAUAAGUUUAUCGUUUGCCGUUGCAAACUACAUGCUUGUUCAUGGAGAAGUGCAUUUUAAAUGGAUAGGAACAAGUGUGACAAGUUCCAUCUUAUUAAAAGUUUUACUAAUCAUGUGCUCUUUGUGGCAUGAUUUAGUUCAGUCAACGAUAGUAUCCAAUUAUUGCCUACAAGCACAACUAUUAUCCUCCUAUGUUAAGUUUAUGAGAGAGAAAUUACUCCAGUUUCCUGUUCAGCCGUUGGAAUGGAUGAGGGAUAUUGAAGAUUUUAAGAAAUUAUUAAAAUAUUUUAACAGCAAAAUAUCUCCAUCAGUUUGUCUGCUAACAAUAAUGGAUGCAAGUUUUGCUCUUUCGGGAACUCUGUGGAUGGUUCGCUUUUACCAAAAUCAUAAAGAUGAAAUGGAUUUAUACAGUUUUAGUUUGGUUAAUAUAUUCAAUGUAAUAUUAUGGGCUCUAAUUGCUUUAGCACCAUUUGUCCAGGCUGCAAGAUUAACAAACGCGUGUGAAGUACUAAAAACUGUAGGUCAAGAAGUAAGAGCACGACCCUACGUCCAUUCAGAUACACCAACCCUGGAAUUGGACUCUGUAUUGCUCUAUACAACCAGUUUAAAAAUAAAUGCACAACUUUUUAACAUACCGGUUACAGGAAAAACGCUAUUUUUUGGUCUAACCAUAGGAGCAGUAUGUAUAUUGACGUUCGGUCAAUUGUGUUAUUUUAUUACAAAGUAAUAAUGUACAAAAUCGUGUUAUGUUUUUUUAUUUAUUAAAGUAUCUAAAUACAAAA